CCCAACCCCAACCCCCCAGACUCAAGAAGCAUCGCCCACCGCCGCUGCUCCUCGGGGAAGAAUACACGCACGCCCAGCUCCUAUCGCAAGCAUUCGACACCAUCAUACCGGAGAAACGCAACGAUAAAUGGUCGACCUCUCCGCCCAGACCCUCGACCUCGAUCCCGAUAUAGGCGCCCUUCGCCUUUGCCCUCACCCUAGCCAUCGCCCCGACAACAACGACAGCGCACCGCGCUCUCUCGCUGCUGUAGCGCAUCAGCACGAGUACCAAAACGACGCUGCAGCGAUCCAUGACUGCCCCUCUCCUUGCUCCGGCGGCGACGACACCACUCCCGGCACAGCAGCCCUAACGACACCGAGCACACUUCGACGUAGCAGUUCUGUUGCUUCCUUCGUUUGGCUCUUUGCCCUCGCUCUCUUUGCCGCCACUAGCAUCGUCCUCACUGCCCAGGCCAGCCCGAUUCAGCAAAUCGCUCCUCGCGCGGCCGAUGCACAGCAGCACGAUGAGCACUCCCACCUCUUGCCGCUCCACCCUGCCCGCUGGGCCGCGCCGGAUAUUGCACGAGAUGGCGCAUACGGCAGCCACCUUCAGCAACAGCAACAGCACAGUGAGCCCGUCUACGCUAUCGGAGACGCGCGUGCGCGGCACGAAAACCAAGAUGCUGUGGAAAGCGGUCGUCAAAUAACCCCAUCCUUCGCGCAUCGUCUCGAUCGUCCAUCUUGCACUGAUCCCAAGGACCGCAACUGCAGUCAUGGCCACAACCUGGCACGCAGCGCGGUGGCCCCGCCCCACAGCUCCAUGCAUGACCACACCCAGUACCAUGCAAAGCGCCAGGAGGACUCUGGCACCAGCGCCGCGAAUGCAUGCGAGUCCUCCACCUCCCCGCCGGGUAUCUCGUCCGUCCAGAAGGCCGCCUACGCCAUCGUCGUCCCUGUGCUCAUCCUCCUCUCGGGCCUCUUUGCCGGUCUGACGCUCGGCUACAUGUCGCUUGACGAGACGCAGCUCCAGGUGCUCGCCGCGCAGGGGACCGACAAGCAGAAGAUGUAUGCGCGCAAGAUUAUGCCCGUGCGCAAGGACGGCCAUCUGCUGCUCACCACGCUGCUCAUCGCCAACAUGAUCACCAACGAGACCCUGCCGAUUGUCGCAGACCCGCUGCUUGGCGGCGGCUUCCGCGCGGUGAUUUUCUCGAUCGUUGUGAUCGUCAUCUUUGCCGAGCUGAUCCCGCAAUCGGUCUGCUCGCGAUACGGGCUGGUUGUCGGCGCGUACAUGGCGCUGCCGACGCGCAUCAUCAUCCUUGUUCUCUGGCCCGUCGCGUGGCCCGUGUCGCGCAUCCUGCACGCCGCCCUCGGCCCGCAUCACGGCAUCAUCUACCGCCGCGGCGAGCUCAAGGAGUUGGUCAACAUCCACGCCGCCGCCGGCGGCCGCGGCGGCGACCUAAACGGCGACACGGUCAUGAUCGUAGGUGGCGCGCUCGAUCUGCAAGAGAAGGUCGUCCAGGACGCCAUGACGCCGAUCGAGCGCGUGUUCAUGCUCCCAUUCGAGGCCAAGCUUGACUAUGCCACGCUCGAGAAGGUCGUCCGUAGCGGACACUCGCGCAUCCCCAUCUACCAGGACAUCGACAUCUCCCUCGGCGGCGGCAAGGCGCUGGCGAACAGCGGCUCCGCGACGCCCAGCAAGAAGCCUUCUCUGCUGUCGACGUUCGCACGCAAGGUCUCCGCCUCGCAGGCGGACGCUGCCGCCAGCGACAGCGGCAGCCCGCAGAGCCCCCCUCCCGGCUCGCCCACCUCGUCGACCGCGGCGCUCGCCGAGACGGCCAGCUUCGGCUACCUGGCACCGGCGACGGUCACGCGACGCAAGAUCAUCGGCACGCUGCUCGUCAAAUCGUGUGUCCUGCUCGACCCCGAGGACGCGGUCCCUGUUUCGGACAUGGUCAUCAAUGCCAUGCCGACCAUACCGCAGGACGAACCGCUGCUUAACGUCCUCAACGCCUUCCAGGAGGGCCGCAGCCACAUGGCCAUUGUCAGCAGCCGCACGCGCCACGCUGUGCUCGGCGUGAGCGGCAAGGCGGCAGCUGGCAAAGGUACCGGCACUGGCGGCGCACUCGACGGCAUCAAGGAGGAGGACAGCACGGAGAAGGACGCCAGUAACAACAGUUUCCCAAGGCAAAACUCUGCCACCGACGUCGGCACCGUUUCCUCCGAGUCGGACAAACUCAGUAGGAUUGUCUCGGGUGAUAGCGACGUCAGCAGCACCACCAGCACCUCUCCCUCGGCGUCAUCGUCAAACCGCGUGUCGCCCAGCCACCACCCGCACGCGCAUCACCAAUUGCAUCCGCAUGACGGCUGGCGCCGCAAGACAAAGGGCCUCUUCAGCAAGCGUCUGUCCAAGCACGAGACGUCCAUUUCGCUCGAGCUGACCUCGCACCAGUCGACCAACACAGGUACCGGCAGCGCGGAACAGCAACAGUUUCACGCAGGCGCGUGCGCCGACGUGGAUUCCGAUGCAGACGCAGACGGUGCGUUCGACACGGGCACGCCCGUCGGCAUCAUCACGCUCGAAGACGUCCUCGAGGAGCUGCUGCAGAGCGAGAUUUACGACGAGUACGACGCUGACGGCGGACACCACGUCAAUUUUGCCAGCCUCAGCCCCCCGCCGAGCCCCAAGCACCAGGUGCUGAGAAGGGCGCCGUUUGCACCGUGCGAUGAGAAGCUCGCCUUGGACGCCAGCAGCGCCACCGCCGCUCAUUCCGCUGGGGCUGUCGCUCCCGGCGAGCAGCACAAUGAAGCCGCCAACGCGCCGCAGCCACAGUCGCAGCAGAGGACGACCGUUCUGCAGCGUCUGGGCAUCAACAGGAAGAAGAGCAGCGCUCAUGGUCCGGACGGUGAAGCUAGCAAGAAGGGUGACAAGGACGCCCAUGCCUCUGCAGCUGUUGCUGACUUCAGCAACCCCCUCGUGCCCGCUUCUUCCGCCUUCGCGAGCGACAGCACGGCGUUGGGUUUGCUUCAUGCGCCGCUCACCGACGAACCGGAGUGCAUCGUGUCGGCAGAGGCGGUCCAGAAGGACAAGGGCAUGGAUGCUGAAAAGGCCGCAACGACGACUGCUACCACCACCAGGCGCGGCUCAUCGCGGCCGUCUUCGAUAAAGACCGCCGCAGGCGCCGCAAGCACACGUCACGCGGCACCAGGCCCGCUCGGCCUCGCCGACCUCACGCUCGCGCUCCCCUUUUCGGCGGUGGCCAGCGGCACCAAGCAGCGCUCCGAGUCGCAAUUGCGCGCCAACAGCGGCGGCGGCGAGGAGCAGCGCCAGCUGCGCUCGCCCAAGAUCACUGUCCUGCACUGCUCCUCCACCUCGCGUCCGCCCACGCCCGGUAUUGCGACGAGCGCCGCGAUUGCGCAGCAGGGUCACAUGGGCGGGUCGGCCCUCGAACCCAGCAUGACGGCGUCUGCGCAGGGCACCGCUGUCAUUGCCACUGCCGCUGCCGAAGCCACCACCGGCGCCGCUCCCUCCUCUCGUCCCGUCGCCGUCAAGACGCAACACGUUCCCUCUGGUCCGCUUGGCGCUGCGAUCGUCAGUGAGGACCUGCUGCGCAGCCGCGGGCGCACUGUCGAGCGAUCCGGAUCCAGAGUUGCGCAGGUUUCUCAGAGCCCAGCACCCGCAGCAGCAGAACCGACGCAAGCGCAAUCGCAGGCCAAGGGUCCAAGGACACACGUGGAUCAGAGCUGAGAACAAAGGCACAGCCUAAACGGAAGUGAAGCCCGUGAUGUAAUAUGACUGGAAGAGCUCAAGCUGCAAGUGGGAAUAUCCCGUGGAUUUAUGUACAGUACAACGCGAAUGAGCAAAGAGUGUUU